GGCUACUUGUCGUCAAGAGCAAAUAGAUUUGACCUCGCCGAUCAUUCCCCUCGAGAUAGAGUCAGGAGCAGUUCGGCUGGUAUCCUAUGUUAUAAUUUAUAAAGGUACUAUCGAGGUUCAGACAUGGCGGCAGUAUCAGGAUCUUGGCUUGUAGACUCUCUCCUUCUCGUAGUACUCCUCCUUUAUCUGUUCUACCGCAUCUUCAGCAGCACUUAUGGUCACUUCAAAGCUCGGGGAGUUCCCUACCUGAGACCUGUCCCUCUUCUGGGUACCUGGGACAUCUUCACCAAGAGUGCCAUGGAACAGUCUCUUAUCCUCUACGACAACUUCCCUGGUGAACGAUAUUUCGGAUAUUUUAGGGUUCGCGUUCCUACGCUUGUCGUGAAGGAUUUGGAUCUUAUACAAAAGAUCCUGGUGAAAGACUUUUCCCACUUCCAAGAUCAAGGCUUUCCCUCUAUAGACAGGGAUAUAUUGACAAAGAAUCUGUUCAAUUUGAAGGGCGAGAUAUGGAGGGCUAUGAGGAUCAAACUGAGUCCAACCUUUACUUCCGGGAAAAUGAAAUUUAUAUUCAGCCAGUUCGUAACAGUCGGAGAUCACAUGUUGGACAACAUAGAGAAAUCACUUUCGGCGAGACCAGUUGAUGCUAAGGCUGUAUGUGUCGAUUACGGAGCAGAAGUCAUAGCCAGCAUAGUCUUCGGACACGAAUACAACAAAGAGAGUCCUCAGACAGCCGAUUUUAUUAAAUAUGGAUCUAACCCUUAUAUAAAGGGAUGGAAAAUGCAGCUUAUAGCGCUUCUGAAGCUUUCCUUUCCGAAUCUUCCGGAUAUGCUUGGAAAUGAGUAUGCACCCUCCAGGAAUCACGGAAUAUUUUGUAAAUCUCGUAAAGGCCAAUUAAUGACGGAUGAAUCUCUGGUGACACAAGUAAUGGUGUUUUUAGCCGGCUCCGAAUCUGUUACUUCUGCCCUAAUUUUCGCUCUAUAUCAUAUAGCUAAGGACUCGGAGGUACAAGUUAAGGCUGCGCAAGAGGUAGAUACAGUCAUUGCUCGACAUGGUAAAUGGACCUACCAAGCUGUCAAGGACAUGCAUUAUUUAGACAUGAUCCUGCAAGAAACUUUGCGUCUUUACCCUCUUAUCCCUGUAAGUCUGAGGGAAUGCACCAUCCGAUACCGAAUCCCAGAGACGGCCGUGGUUCUGGAGAAAGGAAACGUCGUCGCUAUUCCUGUCAGAGGGAUACACAUGGACCCCAAAUAUCAUCCUAAUCCCGAAAUUUUCAACCCUGACAGAUUUAAUGAUAACUUCCACAAGCCCAACCCCACAUACUUGCCUUUUGGGGACGGCCCACGCAUGUGUAUUGGAAUGAGGUUUGCCAUAUUGGAGAUGAAAGUGUGUUUGUCCAAGAUACUCACUCGGUUCUCUCUAACCGUCAACGAGAAAACCCAAGAGCCGCUAACUUUUGACAAGGGUUCUUUCACGCCUGUUCCAGUAGGAGGUAUCUGGCUUAACUUCAAGAAACGAGGUCAGAAAUCCUACAAUGUUUCAUCUCACAAAGUCAAAGAGAGUCAGGGAAUGGCGGCAGUAUCAGGAUCGUGGUUCGUGGACUCUCUCCUUCUGGUAGUACUCCUCCUUUAUCUGAUCUACUACAUCUUCACCAGUACUUAUGAUCAUUUCAAAGCUCGUGGAGUCCCUUACCUGAGACCUGUUCCCCUUCUGGGUUCGUGGGACUUCUUCACCAAGAGCGCCAUAAAACAGUCUCACAUCCUCUACGACAGCUUCCCUGGUGAAAGAUUUUUCGGAUAUUUUAGGGUCCGCGUCCCUGCGUUAGUCGUGAAGGACGUGGAUCUUAUACAAAAAAUCCUGGUGAAGGACUUUUCCCACUUUCAAAAUCAAGGGUUUCCCUCUAUCAGUAGUGAUUUGCUCUCCAGGAAUCUUUUCCAUUUGAAAGGGGAGGGAUGGCGGGCCUUGAGGCAAAAACUAAGCCCGACUUUUACUUCCGGAAAGAUGAAAUUCAUGUUCAGCCAGUUUAUAACAGCUGGUGACCACCUGUUGGAGAACAUAGAGGAAUCGCGUUUUGGGGAACCAAUUAACGCUAAGGCUAUGUGCGUCGACUUCGCUACAGAAGUAAUAGCCAGUACAGCCUUUGGUCUCGACUUCAGCAAAGACAAUCCACAGAUAGCCAAAUUUCUUAAAUUUGGUACCAAUCCCUUUUUCGUAAAAGGAUGGAAAUCUCAUAUGGUGAUGUUAUUAAACCACUCCUUCCCAAAACUUUCAGAGAAACUCGGAAUUAGUGUGUAUCCUCCGGAAGUCACAAAGUAUUUUAUAAAUCUCGUGAAGGCAAAUAAGGAAUAUCGCAAGAAGAAUAAAAUAAAGAGGAAUGAUUACUUCCAACUGCUGUUGGCCCUGCAGGACGCUGAUCAGUCAGGUGAUAACUUGGAGUCUUCCCUUAGUGGUGGUGAUGAAGAAGAUAAUAAAACUAACGAAGCGGACUCCCCACCCCCUGAAAACAGUGAAACUAUAUUGAUGACGGAUGAGUGUAUGGCAGCUCAAACAACGGUAUUUUUUGUUGGCGGGUCUGAAUCUGUUACUUCUACCCUUAUUUUCGCACUGUACCACAUCGCUAAGGACGCUGAGAUACAAGCUAGAGCUGUGCAAGAGGUAGAUACAGCCAUUGCUCGGCAUGGAGGAUGGACCUACCAAGCAGUUAAGGACAUGCAUUACAUGGACAUGAUCCUGCAAGAAACUAUGCGUCUCUACCCUCUUAUUCCUGUGGGUGUGAGGGAAUGCACCCUUCAAUACCGUAUUCCAGAGACGAAUGUGGUCCUGGAGAAAGGAGACAUCGUAGCUAUCCCUGUACGAGCGAUACAAAUGGACCCCAAAUACUAUCCUGAUCCUGAAGAUUUCAAUCCUGAAAGGUUUACUGAUAACUGCUACAAGCCCAAUCCAACCUACUUCCCUUUUGGGGACGGGCCACGCAUGUGUAUUGGAAUGAGGUUUGCCAUAGUGGAGAUGAAGGUGUGCUUGGCCAAGAUACUCUCUCGGUUCUCUCUUGCCGUCAACAAGAAAACCAAAGAGCCACUAACUUUUGAUGAGGUUUCUUUCAUACCUUCGCCAGAUGGUGGGGUCUGGCUCGACUUCAAGAAGCGAGACCAGUAACCCAUUACAUGUGCUAAAGACGAAGAUUUUCACGGAUGGGUCCCGUGAGACCUUCAUACAUUGAAGGGUGUAUAGGAUACUAUGCGCAAUUGAAAUAUAAGUGGAAAGCUCCUAUUGCCAGUUGAAAUAUUCCAUUUUGCAAGUUUUCCCAAAAAAUAUAUCUUAUAAGUACUAUUUACCUCUUUGCAUUGGUUACAAUUCGUUUUUUGGUAAACAACCAAUAACACUAAUUUAAUUUCAAUAGGUAAUUAGAUGCUUUUAAUAGGCAAUUUUAACUCUCUUUGUAAUAUCAGAUGCCGGCCCCCAUGCAACUUUAUCUGAAUAGAUUUGAGAAACUAGAAGUAUGCAGAAACGGUAUCAAGAAAUGUUAUUAUACAAUUACAUUUUAUUAUUGCAUUAUUUUUACAGUUAUGACUGGAUAAGGUUUACUUCGUGAUAUCAACCAUGUUUGCACUGUAAAAUAAAGAAUAUACAGAUAGAUGUAAAUACAUAUUUUAAUUUUAGAAAUCAUAUUUUUGAAAUAUUUUUUUAAUCUUCAUGUUGCAGCCUACAAUUAGUUUUAGGAUUAAGAUUGUUAAUAUUUUUAAUGGAAUUAGUUUUUAAUAAAGCAAUUAUUUUGUAA